CACUGUGACUGAUAAACGUCCUCAAUUGACCGGGAAAACAAUUCGCUAUUUUCGCAUUAAUGAAAACUGAAAAUUUUCUGCAAUGAGUGCAAAAGGUGUAACAACAAAAGCACUAGCAAAGAAAUUGUCUGAAAAGAGCCGAAUUGUUCAAGCUGUUAAAGUUCAGGACAUAGAAGAUGCUGUAAAAUCACCAUAUUUCUCACCCGUUCAAACCCGACAACAACGUAAAAACACCAAGAGCCAACUAAAAAGAUCGGAAGCGCUAGUCAAAUCGGAAAAAUCAACUUCCACCUCAGCGAACAGUAAACCCAUUAAAGUAAAUGCUUUAACUAAUAACAUUGAACUUCAAAGCGUUAAAAUUAAGGAAGAUGUCGAAGAAAGAAAAUUUAUACAUUUGGAUUCGAACGAAGCAAAUACUAAAACGGAAAGUCAGGACAAAUGGGAACCGCAAAAUUGGCGCCUUAUUUUGAAAAAUAUUAGAGCUAUGCGUGCUGACGCUGCAGCACCAGUAGACACAAUGGGAUGUCACAAAUGUUCCGAUAAUGAGGCAGAUGAAAAGACUCAACGCUUCCAAAAGCUUGUUGCUCUUAUGCUUUCAAGUCAAACGAAAGAUGAAAUUACUUACGAAGCAAUGCAGCGGCUUAAAAGUAGUGGUUUAACACCUCAAGCUAUUAUAGAAAUAGAAACAGGAAAACUUGAAGAACUGUUAAAACCAGUUUCAUUUUAUAAAAACAAAGCCAAAUACUUGCAACUAGCCUCGAGAAUGCUUAUGGAGAAAUACGACAGUGACAUUCCUGGCACUAGUAAAGAGCUCCAAACUUUACCCGGUGUAGGACCAAAAAUGGCACAUAUAUGCAUGGCAACGGCAUGGAAUCAAGUAACCGGUAUUGGAGUUGACGUGCAUGUACAUCGUAUAGUAAAUCGACUUAGGUGGUUACCUAAACCCACAAAAGAACCUGAGCAGACUCGUGUGGAACUGGAGUCGUGGCUUCCACGAGACAUGUGGCAAGAUGUAAAUCAUUUGCUAGUUGGCUUUGGUCAAACAGUUUGUAAAGCUGUGCGGCCGCAUUGUUCCGAAUGCUUAAAUCGUGAGAUAUGUCCAGCAUCAACAUAUAAAAGUCCAACUAAGACAAAAAUUAAAUCGGAAUCAGCAAAUAUUGCGGCAAAAAUAUCAAAAUUAGAGAAUCCGUAAAUGUAUAAUAAAAAGUGCCAUAGAAUGGAAAGUAAACUUGAAGACAGAUAUAUUGUUUGAUUGUUGGGGAAAAAUACCACUACUUACUGUAUUAUUAGAUUAGUAAAACAUUUACAUAUUACAUUGAAUUUA